UACCGCCUGCUUCUCAGACCUGCUGGAAUCAGAAGGUGCUUGAUGCUCAAUAGUCAAUCCACUGCCUAUCCUCACCCCCCCCAAUGAGUCUUGGUUCUGAUGCAACCUAUGGUCAUGCAGGGAUGCCCUUAUACCUUCCCACGAUGUCAUGAGUGGCGGGCUGCUGACCACUUCCAUCACAGCAGCAGCCUCCGAAGCACCGGCCUCCAGCCUCAGGUUAGAGCUGCUCUUGCUGCCCCUGCACCUCCUUGGGAUGGUGCUGGGGAUCCCUGCAUAAGUCCAAAGCUGCUGAACGGGUCUAUUGGUGCCGUUGCCCCCCUGGAACCAUCAGCCAUGAAUCUGUGUUGGAAUGAAAUAAAAAAGAAGUCUCACAAUCUCCGCGCUCGCCUAGAGGCCUUCUCAGACCACAGUGGAAAACUCCAGCUCCCGCUCCAAGAGAUUAUUGACUGGCUCAGCCAAAAGGAUGAGGAGUUGUCGGCUCAGCUUCCCCUACAAGGGGAUGUAUCCCUGGUGCAGCAGGAGAAGGAAACACACGCGGCCUUUAUGGAAGAAGUUAAGUCACGGGGCCCUUACAUCUACUCUGUGCUGGAGUCAGCUCAGGCUUUUCUGUCCCAGCACCCAUUUGAGGAACUAGAGGAGCCUAAUUCUGAGAGCAAAGAUACCUCCCCCAGACAGCGGAUCCAGAAUCUUAGCCGCUUUGUAUGGAAGCAGGCAACUGUAGCCAGUGAACUAUGGGAGAAGCUGACAGCCCGUUGUGUGGACCAGCACCGCCAUAUUGAGCAUACUCUAGAACAGUUGUUGGAGAUCCAAGCAGCAAUGGAAGAGUUGAGCACUACUUUGACCCAAGCUGAGGGAGUCAGAGCCACAUGGGAGCCCAUUGGGGAUCUGUUCAUUGAUUCACUCCCAGAACACAUCCAAGCUAUUAAGCUGUUCAAAGAAGAAUUCUCCCCUGUGAAGGAUGGAGUGAAGUUGGUGAAUGAUCUGGCCCACCAACUUGCCAUUUCUGAUGUACACUUGUCAAUGGAGAAUUCUCGGGCUCUGGAGCAGAUUAACAUCCGGUGGAAACAACUCCAGGCAUCGGUUGGUGAGAGGCUUAAACAGCUCCAGGAUGCUCACCGAGACUUUGGGCCUGGGUCCCAGCACUUUCUAUCCUCCUCUGUCCAGGUUCCCUGGGAAAGAGCAAUUUCACCUAAUAAAGUUCCUUACUACAUCAAUCACCAGGCUCAGACCACAUGCUGGGACCAUCCCAAGAUGACUGAGUUAUACCAAACCCUAGCUGAUCUGAACAACAUUAAGUUCUCAGCUUACCGCACUGCCAUGAAGCUCCGCAGAGUACAGAAGGCCCUGCGCUUGGAUCUGGUAACAUUAACUACGGCCCUGGAGAUCUUCAAUGAGCAUGAUCUGCAAGCCAGUGAACACGUGAUGGAUGUGGUGGAGGUCAUUCACUGCCUGACUGCCUUAUACGAACGGCUGGAGGAGGAGAGAGGCAUCCUAGUCAAUGUGCCACUAUGUGUAGACAUGAGUCUCAACUGGCUCCUCAAUGUGUUUGAUAGUGGUCGCAGUGGAAAGAUGCGGGCAUUGUCCUUUAAGACUGGCAUUGCAUGCCUGUGUGGCACAGAAGUGAAGGAAAAACUUCAGUACCUCUUCAGCCAAGUGGCCAACUCUGGCAGCCAGUGUGACCAACGUCACCUUGGUGUCCUGCUUCAUGAGGCCAUUCAGGUGCCCCGUCAGCUGGGUGAAGUAGCAGCCUUUGGGGGAAGCAAUGUGGAGCCCAGUGUCCGAAGUUGCUUUCGUUUUAGCACUGGGAAGCCAGUCAUUGAAGCUUCCCAGUUCCUGGAGUGGGUCAACUUGGAGCCCCAGUCCAUGGUGUGGCUGGCUGUUCUGCAUCGCGUCACCAUUGCUGAGCAAGUGAAGCAUCAAACCAAGUGCUCUAUCUGUAGGCAGUGUCCAAUUAAAGGGUUCAGGUACCGGAGUCUGAAGCAAUUUAAUGUGGAUAUCUGCCAGACCUGCUUCUUGACAGGUCGGGCCAGCAAAGGCAACAAGCUGCACUACCCCAUCAUGGAAUAUUAUACACCGACCACCUCCAGUGAGAACAUGAGGGACUUUGCUACAACCUUAAAGAACAAAUUCCGCUCAAAGAAUUAUUUCAGCAAACAUCCUCAGCGAGGUUAUCUGCCUGUGCAAUCGGUGCUGGAGGCUGACUGCAGUGAGACGCCAGCUUCAUCCCCGAUGUUGCCACAUGCUGACACACACUCUCGCAUUGAGCAUUUUGCUAGCAGGCUUGCUGAGAUGGAAAGUCAAAAUUGUUCCUUCUUUAACGACAGCCUGUCCCCAGAUGACAGCAUAGAUGAGGACCAGUACCUGUUACGACACUCCAGCCCUAUCACAGAUCGGGAGCCAGCCUUUGGACAGCAGGUUCCAUGCAGAAUGGCCACAGAAAGCAAGGGGGAACUAGAGAAAAUCCUGGCCCACUUAGAAGAUGAGAACCGGAUUCUCCAGGGAGAGCUGAGGCGUCUGAAAUGGCAGCAUGAGGAGGCGGCUGAGGCCCCUACCCUGGCUGAGGGUUCCACUGAGGUAGCACAGGACCACAACAAUGAGGAGCUUCUGGCUGAAGCCAGGAUCCUCCGGCAGCACAAGAGCCGCCUGGAGACUCGCAUGCAGAUCCUCGAGGACCACAACAAGCAGCUAGAAUCUCAGCUGCAGCGUUUGAGGGAACUGCUCCUGCAGCCACCCACCGAGUCAGAUGGCAAUGGCUCUGCAGGCUCGUCCCUAGCUUCCUCUCCACAGCAGUCAGAAAGCAGUCACCGCCGGGAGAAGGGACAGACUACUCCAGACACUGAGGCUGCAGAUGAUGUGGGAUCAAAGAGCCAGGAUGUCAGCCUGUGCCUGGAAGACAUCAUGGAGAAGCUCCGCCAUGCCUUCCCCAGUGUACGAAGCUCUGAUGUGACUGCCAACACCUUGAUGGCCUCUUGAUGGAGCAAGAUCCCCAUCCUUAUAGUCCAUAGUCCUUUCCUGGUUCUGGUCAAAUCCUUCCCUCAGCCUUCACCCAACCUUUCCAGUCCCCACUGGUCCUGCAAUAACCAGAGUUAUUUGGGCUCCAGACAGCAACAGGGAUCUGGUUGUAUGUGAGGUGGGUGUGGUGGAGGA